UUUUUUUUUUUUUUUUUGGAGUGGGCUAUCAAAUUAUUGACUGCUUUAUAUGCGGAACGUUGUGGAGUGGUCUAGAAUUGUUGCAGCUUGGCUGACACGGGGCCAGCAACGAGUAUAAAAGCAAAAGCUCCAUAUACGAUCGACAACAAAGCUUAACAGCAACUAAGACGAUCAUGGCACGUUACCAGCUCACUAGCUCCCUGCUGCUCCUGGCCAUCCUGGUGGCUCACGUAACCGCUGAGGCGCCACGGCGUUUGCGCUUGAGUCGACAGCGCCAUGCGUUCGCCAGGCAGGAGGUGCAGCCCACGCCAUACCCCUCAGCGGAUGAGUUGAAGCCGGAGGAGCCCGCGCUCAUCUAUGGCCCACCACCGUCCACGGAUGUGAAUGAGCUGCCCGCCGAAGAGGAGCCGCCAGCAAACAGCUUCCAGCCCGAUGUCGAAGAAGUGGACAUAGAGGAGAACUCGCUGGAGGAGGUGACCACCCCAGCAGCUGCUGCUCGCUUGCGCAGCAGCCGCCAGAGAUUGGCCAAGCUGCAGCUGGCCAAGGCACAGCCCAAGCGCAAGCGUCAGCGCAUCGCCCGCCUGGAGGAGUUGCCCGUGGAGGCGGCAGCACCAGCCGUUCCAGUGGCUCCAGUGGCUCCAGUUGCUCCAGCCGUUCCGGUGGCUCCGGUAGCCGCCUUGCCCGCACCACAGCUCUACUAUGUGGGAGGUCAGCAGCCCUACGUGGUUGCCUACACUGCGGCUAGCCAGCAGCUGGCCUGGUAAACGAUCCUGUGAUUGAU